AUGGCUAGUUCCCACUCGGACAACAUCAUUGACUCGAUCGAAAAAUUCUGGACGAUAAAUACGGUCAACCUCUCCAAUGAUUUGAUUAUCAAAAUCCUUACCGCGGGUGUGAACAAUAUGCUCAGCAUUGCCAAAUGUGCCGAAGAUCUGAUUAUCAAAGAUGCUGGCCUCAAAGCAUACUUGACAUACCGGCGACUUUUCAAAGUCCUCGAAUUCGUUUUGAAGGGAUCACAAUCAAUCUCAAAGACAGUCUUGACGCCAAAAAGCCUGGAAGACGCCCUUGAAGAGUUCAAGGGCCUUUUGAACGGAACCCUCAAGCCCAACCUCCCUCAAGAAGAUAUCGUUGAGGACACAAAGGAAAUACCCAACUCGUCGGCAAUCGAGCUUCUUCUCGAACUGUUCUACAAAGCCAUCCCCAAUGGGACUGAAAAUAUCUAUGAAUUCGUGCUGGCGUUCGAAGCCAGAUUCGGCCAAUACUUCACAGAAACAAACUCUUGCGGGUUGCCCCGGGUAGUUUUCAUAUGCUAUAUGCCCGGUGGCAUGAUCGCCACAGCUUGCGCAGCCAAAUGGGACUUGGCAAUUGGGGAACCCGGAAAGAUCUUCAGGUAUAGGGGAGUGAAUUCUAAGCUGAAUAGGAUGCGGAGACGCCGCUUCCAAUUCGCCUCGACGAAGACGGCAGAAAAGAAGUUCACAGAAGUGAAGGAAGCGUACCAAAAAGGGGACGGCGAUGAUCAGAGUAUGAGCCUCGUGCUGGAAGACAAAGGGUUCGAACCCUUCUUGCACCAGAGCAUCCAAGGAGGCGCAUUCCGUGUCCUAGACGGAGCAGGCAGCAUCCUCAAAAUCCACACUCCGUGCAGCAAAUGCCGCCACUUGUACCACUUUGAGUAUCUCGGUCAGCAAGCCACCUGCAACAUUACCAAAAACUAUAUCCCAUUCACAGCUGCGCCGAAGAUCUAUGCCAUCAUUUGA